CUGUAUAUUAAGCGCCGGUCCAGGAUGUGCGUGUAUCAUCGUUGCUUUAAGCGCUGGUCAGCAGUUACGACGGUCGCGUUCGACCGCGACUCAGUCGACCACUCUCCCUCCAGACCUCAUCCUCUCUCGUCUCAUCCCGUGCUGACGAUCUGUGCGUCAACGACCUGUGUCUGUCUUAGUCUCGACUGUGAUACAGACAUCAAAGUGAGCACAUCUACCCAACAUGGAUGGGCGGUGGUCGCUCAGCGCUCAGCCUUCGGCGCACAGAUUUCGUUGGUUUCAAGGUGACCGCGUACCCUCUCUACGCCCAACUAUCCGCUUUUCGAGAGUUCUUCGUACGGCAGGACGAUCGCAAGCCGGAUGCGCUAAGGAAGCUCGGGUAGACGAUCGCGAGCACGAUGCUACCGACACCGCUGAUCCCGCUUCCUCCUGAAUCCGCAAUCCCGCCUUCUGCUGCUACCACCUCAGACGCAUCUUCCCAAGAUGACCUCUUUGCGACACUAUUCCAACCACCAACACCUCAUGCGUCGCCUGCGCCCCCCGUCAAGCAGGACACCGCUGCGUCGCGGCCUGGCGCUCACACGCGCAACCAAUCGACGAACUCCGACUUUGGCGCAUUCGUUUCGGUACCCGCGACCGACGACCCACUUGGCUCCGGUAGUUCGAAAGAUGGUUUCUCACCCAUUGAAGGAAUGCAGGCGGAUUUCUUUGAUCGCUUCGCGGAGGACGCCAAGGCGGCGAACGAGAAGAGCAAGCACGACGUGCUCGACGAGCUGUUGAAGGCGGAGAAUGACCCAUUCUACUUCCUGAGUUCGUUAGACAACGGUGAGCCCACCGCGAGUACGAGCAGGCAUACAACGCCCAUCCCCUCUCCGCUCCCAACGGGGCACUGCACGCCACAGCCGCAGUCCGAGGUCUCCCUCCUCGACCUCCUGCCCGACGCGCCCAUCCCCGUGACCUCCCCAUCGCCCUCUACUUCUCUAGACUCUUCCGCCGAUACCCGCCAAUCCCGCCAACUGCACCGACAAGACAACCGGUCCGAGCUGAACCUCUCACCUUCGUCCUCGCGCCCAACCGGCUUCGUCCGCUCGCCCUCCCUGCCGCCACCCACACCCCCACGCCCCGUCCCACCCGAGAUACAGCCUGAGCGCGCGCAGGGCCAGUCGUUUUUCUCACCGCCCGCGUACGGCCCCGCCCGCUGGGUGUCCUCCCUCCUCUCCGGCACCGUGCGCUCCGGGCGGACGCGCUCCACGGACGAAGGGUCCGCACUCGCACACAACGGCACCGUCUCCGCGCCGCUCUCGCCUGCGCACGCAUCCACUCUACCCGCGCACCUCUUCCAGUCAGCUGCGCUGGACUCCGCGAUCACACACGGGACACCGUUCGCCGUGGCGCCGUUCGUGCCUGCGAGUGGCGCGCCGGGUUUCGACGGGGACAGGAAGUGGGACAAGGGCUUCUCAGACGCGUACGAGAAGAGCAACUCGGAGAGGAAGAGCGUGCGGCUGGUGGGGCGGAAGGAGAUGACGACCCCGGUACUGACGGUUGAGCUUGCAGAUAUGCUGAGGCCGUAUUUUCCGGCGCUGGCGCGACUGCCAAGGGCGUGGAACCUCCUGUACAGCCUGGACCAACAUGGGAUCUCGCUGAACACGCUGUACAGGCGGUGCGAGAACCAUACGGGGGGCGCGCUCGUCGUGAUGCGUGAUUCGGGCGAUGCGGUGUUUGGCGUGUGGAUGGGGCAGGGCAUACACCUGAGCAAGGGCGCGUACUACGGGAGUGGCGAGUCGUUCCUCUGGAGGCUGCUGCCGGGCCAGCGUGUGAGGAUAUACAAGUGGACGGGCAAAAACGACUACGUGGCACUCUGCGAACCAGAGUACCUCUCGUUCGGUGGAGGAGAUGGCCACUACGGCCUCUACCUCGACGAUACCCUGAACGACGGCUCGUCCGCGCGAUGUCCUACGUUUGAGAACGAGCCGCUCUGCUCCGCGGGGCCGAGGCAGGGGGAGAACGUCAGAUUCGAGUGCGUCGGGCUGGAGGUGUGGGGCGUCGGAUGAUGUUGAGAAGGAGCCCAUCGAGCUGGAGAGAUCGGGCACGCCUGGUCUUGCGUUUCGGGGCUGCUGUACACUGAUCGGAUUGUUGUUAUCCCCUCACAUACACUCGCAAUGUUUGUAGACUGUAUUGCAUACCGCACAUGGAUGUAUUUAUUGAUGCGAACUCCUAUAUCGGGAAUUUGGACUGUACAUUGCUAUCUACACGGUCAAAGCGCGUAUGCGGACCUGGAUCGGGG